AUGAUGCGGUGGCGAUGGCUGGCCCUCGGCCUUUGGUGGGCUACGGGCCCUAGCGACGGGUGGUGGCAGGCUCCAGGGGACGCCGAGCCUGCGCCACCCAACGCUACCUGCUGGGAGGAGCCUUUCCUGUGCCUCCAGCAGCAGGUGAACUCCACGAUGGCCGCUGCCCAGGCGCGUUAUGCCACGUGGACGACUUGGGACAGCCUGGCAUGGACCAUUCUGGACACGUUGCUGUCCGGGGCAGGCUGGAUGGUCUUCGGGCAGAGCUGGGCCAGUGUCAGGACCGGUUGCUCUCUGCUCCUACGGGUGGCCUUUUUGAUGGUGAUUUGCAUCGUGCUCCACUACUUUCUCUCCUUGGCCUGGCCGCUGUGCUCCUUGGCGAUUGGAACCCUCCUGACGGUGGUGUGGGUGGUUCGGGCCCUGGUGCGAUGCUGCGGGCGGGUCGCCUUUUACACCCAGCGGAUGGCCGGGGGUGUACCCGAAGCGAUGGGAGCGACCUUCAUUGGCCCAGACACUGGAGAGAUCCCGGAGACGGCUGACCUUCGUAAGAUGAAAAAGGGGGCCAAUGAGGAUCGAUGGGUCCUUUUGCGGAGGGAUGGCUAUGUGGUCAUCAUCAAGGUCACCGAGAAUGCGGCGAUCAAGUCCAGCGGCAUCUACCUGAAUUUCGACCCGGAGGCGACCAGGGGAGAUGCUCAGCUUCUGCUUGCCUUGAAGGGUUACGACCGGGUGCACUUGUGCAGGCACGAUACGUGUCCGGAGGAGGGUCAACACUUCAAGAGCUACGCGUUGGCACGACAGCUCAAUCCCGAACGUUUCCACCUGCUUUCAACAGCCUCGGGAGCUCAGAGGACCGGCAUGAAGACGAUGGGAUGGCUCUUCUCCAAGGCCAGCAAGACGGCGAAGAGGCUUCAGGACUAUGCCUCCGAGUCGGAAAAGGAGGAGGUAGGGGGAUGCUGCGCCCACUGGGUGAAGUGGGAAGGUGAGAUGGGCAGAUCCUGCCUCAGCGACCACCCAUGCAGGAAUCUCGGGGCCACGGAGGUCGAAAUGCUGGAGGAGGAUCGUGAGAACCUUCCCGCGGACCAACCGAACACCCUCUGCCCUGCUCAUGCGGUCCGUUACCUGACAUCGAGAGCAGUCAUGAAGUGUUCCUACGGAGGCUGCCAGAAACUAGGAAUGGUAACGAAGCAGGGUCUACGUCUAUGUGGGUUCCACCAGGAACAGGCGUCGACAUCCUCGCGGCGGUCCUCACGGUCGAGAUCGAGGGUAAGGGACCCACCCCCGGGAGAAGGUGAAGGAGAUGAACGGGGAGAAGGAGAAGGUGACGACCGGGUGAAGCGCCGUGGGAGAGGACGCGAGGUCUCCUACCAGGUGGAUGAGGCUGAAUCUUUCCUUCGGGAAGUGCGAGACGAGAAGGAGGAAGAAACUCCGGCACUCCGCAGAAGAAGAGUCUCAUCGCCAGGGCAUACACCUAAGUCCUCGGUUCAACACAGUUUGGCACGAAUGGGUAUGAUCAACUCCCCGGACCGUCGAGGCGACAUGACCUACCUGGAGGAGUUCAUGGAGCAAAUGGUGGAUGGUCGAGAGUUGCAGCUCAGUGAAGAGGACAUCAGGAAGCAGUUAGCAGCUCAAGCCGGGAUGACGGUGGGCGACCUUACAAGGCACCUGUAUGAACAGGCUACGGAAGAACAGAGGAAAGGCACGAAGGGUCUGACCAAGUUCCUGGCCAAGUGGCGUCAACAGGCGGCAGCUCAGGACCGCCCUUCUUCUAUGUCGGAAUGGAGCGUGGUCGACAAGGAGCGAGAAGGUAUGACCCCUACACCAUCCAGCCUGGCAUCAGGAACGAAGUCUGCCGUGAGCCCAGGCAUGGCUGAGACACCCCCCAAACGGAGGUUGGCAUCCGUACCUCCACCGGGAAUUUAUGACCCAGAUCGGAAGGCCGGAACCGGGCCGGAAGGGCAAGGCAGUCACUCCGAGAUGACCGACAUCGCCAAAGCGAUCCAGCAACAAACCAACGAAUUGGCUACGUUGGUCAAAGCCCAGCAGGAGACCACUACAGGCACUGGCGGCUCCUUGAAAGGUUUGGGCAAAACUUCUGAAGAACUGGUAUUUUUGCUGCGUGCAUGCGGUGAGUACACCGUACGAGUCGGCGAUGGUGAGUACGGAGCACCUCUCGCUCAAGCACUUCUGGCCGCCCAGGCAGGGUCGUCAACGAAGUUGCGAAGUGCUGGAUUCCGCCAAAAGAUCACCUCCAGGCUGGCCAUCGGGAUUGCAGGACCUUACUGGGGCACGCAGGAGAAGUACGCCUUGAGCGCCUCCGACUUCGUUCCCUGCACGGACGCAGAGUUGGACCAGUUCGCCAUCGAGAGCAGAACGGGCAAGCCCAUCAAUGAGCAGAGGCCAACGGCCCCUACCCGCUAUGAGGACUGGCUCAACCGGGUGAAACGCCAGAACGACAUUUGGGCACUCGUGUACGGCAUGGAAUGGAAAGCAGUCCGGGAGCACGCCAUCAACUUGUUGGGAGAGUGGCAUGUCAGCGCCCCUCACAAGUGGCCCCUACAGGUGUUGCUGGACGUGUGGGAGGAACUGCGCUGGAGAUUUCUCGAAGAGCUGAAGGAAGAGCUGAGGAAGAUUAAACGGCUUUCGGGUCGAGAGUCCAUGACGUUGCAGGACCUGAAGUUCUACGCCCUUAUGCCGGAUGAAGAGGGACGUCCUCCUUUGAACCUGCCACAGACCUUUGAUCUGAGAAGGCCAGAAGGAUGGUUCAUGUCAGAGGUGAUGCCCAGGAUUGAGAGACGCCAAGAAAGGAUGCUAUGGAAGAUGACCUGGGAAGGAGCAGGAAAAAGCAGGGCCCAAGGUCAGUCAGCAGGAGGAGACGGAGGACAUCGGGAUGAGAAGCUGACCUUAAAGACCUUGUUUGGGCCCAAGCUCACUGCCGAGGAGACGGCGAAGGCCAAGGAACGGGCGCCCACAAACAAGGACGGCAAAUUGCUGUGUUGGGGCUAUUUGACCCACCUGGGCUGUUCGCAACAAGGCUGUCAAAGAGCACAUGAACCACUUCGAGGACCCUUUGAAGCUCUUGACCCCGCGGUGCAACUUCAGAUGCUUCGGAGAGGAGGCCUGAGGAGGAUGAAGGCGGAGACGAAAGACACCGCGGCCGAGAAAAUCAAAGAGAUCCGGGCCGGAGUGGCCAAGGAUAAAGCCGCUAAGGUGCAGGAUGGCAAAGACCGCCGGAGAGCGGGGCAAGGAGAAGGAGCCAAGGAGGGAGAUCAAGAAGGUCCCGAAAAGGCAGGAGGGCGGGUGCAUUGGGAGGCGCCAGAGGAGAUGAUCCAGGUCGACUACACGCACCAGGAGAAGGACUUCGCCGACUUGGUGGCAGGUCCGGACGACGAGAUGGUCCAGUACGGCUUGGGGGAGUUGGCGGCAGAGGCCGCGUCUUUGCUGGAGGCCCAUGGACAAGGGCCCAAGGCGGGCCAUCAGGCACGGUGCCAGCUGGGGGACACCCGGUGGGAGGACGAAGGCCCGGGGCGAGCUUUGGUCCACAUCGACGGGGAACCUUGGGCGUUGUGGGACUUUGGCGAGAUGGUCUACAUGACAGAGGAGCUGGCGGGCUUGUUGGGGGUGAUCGAGCCGGAGAACGAGAAGAGGCAGUGCGUAACGAAGGUUUUAGCGGCUGGCUUGCACCUGGCACAGCAAGGAAAGGUCCCAACCAUGGAGGAGGUAGAGAAAGGGACACAGGAAUUCCGGUUGGAACAGGCCAGACUGGCCGUGGAAGCCGAAGGCGUCAUGGGCCACUCAGAGGCCAAGGUGGCGCCGGUAGAGCACGAGUUGCGGAUGUACGCUCAUGACAUCCUGAAACCCCACCACGACAAGGACUACAGGGCCUUAGCCGUCUUCCCGCUUGCAGCGCUGGAGGAGAUGAGGGUCAUCGUGGUGAGGGUUGACUACAAAGGGGACCUGUUGAUCGAGACGGUCACGGGCAACCAGUGGACUCAGUCGGACAUCUGGGUGAUGAUUUCAAAGGGCCACAUGACGCUCCUUCAGCCACCUUCGCCGGAGGCAGGCAAGGUUCUGUUGGGAAAGGAAGAGGUGUACAACACCCCUUGCUUGGGCUUCCGAUAUUUUUGGCAUCAACGGCACGAUCAAGCCAAGACAGCCCCGGGAAUCAUUUCAUGCCGUCACUGCCGAACUCGGAAAGGAGGAGGCAUGGAGGAACCGGUACCGAUGGGGUGUCUGAGGAAGACAACUUGUCUACCAGCCCUCUCUCAGGUCUUCGCGGGUGGCGGCCAAGUCAUCCGGUCCCUACAUGAAGUCAAGGGCCAGAAGGGUCUCGUCCUUCAGGAGUACUUUGCAGGUCAUGGGGUCAUCACCAAAGGAUGGCGGGCUGCUAACCAAACGGCCCUGGAGCCCAUCGAGCUGUAUGCACAGCCGCACCAGCAGCUUGGACCUCGACCAGACCACGACUUGGCGGACCCGUUACGGCAAGAACAUUUCCUUGGUCGCCUACGUGCAAAGGAGUCCAAUGUGCAAUGGAUCGCAAGCCCGUGCACCACCUUUUGUGAUUGGUGCUUGCAGAAUGGCGGAACGCGCACCUUCCAGAACCCAGAAGGGUUGCCAACCGCCAAGGAGCAGCUGGGCAACACUUUGUCGGCAUACGGGGCCAAGGUUUUCGAGACUUCACUGAUGCAAGGUGGCUUCCCCAUUGCAGAGAGCUCCGGGACCUCAGGACGGUACCCAAAACAAUGGCACCUUCCGCAGUGGCGACGCCUGCUCCAACGACCGGACGUGGACUUCAUCGAGAUUGACAUGUGUGCCUUCGGCUUGGGGCCUCCUGAUACGGAGUGUCAGCAAGUCAUCAACAUAUUGCACUCAAAGGCAAUCGACCGGGGGUCCACGUGUCGCGGGUCAAAGCCACAGCCCCCCUUGUCAAAAACUGGGGGGCGUCAUCCAUAUGGCUGGAAUGAGCAUGAGCUCGUUGACGAGGAGGAGCCAGCGGCCGAUGAGGGUGACCGCGCUGGUGGCGCAGCCGAGGGCCACCAUGCCGCAGCUGAGGGUCACCAUGCCGGUGGCGACGACCUUGGGCUGGACCUGCUGAACGAGGAUGAGCUCCAGGAGGUGGCCGGGAUGGCAGUUGACGAGGCGAUCGGGGUGUGGAAUGGUGUCGAUGUUUUGAACCCGCAGCGUGAGGAGCCCGAAGGCGAUGACCUGGGAGACGACCUGGAGGACCAGGAUGACUUCCAAGGGGAGGAAGAGAACACCACGGAUGAGGAGCCUCGGACACGCAUCGUUUGGCAGAACCUUGGGCGUCGGAACCGCAUGGAGGUGGAUGCGGAGAGGGGCUACGUCUGGAUAUACACGAAUGAGCCGCGAAAUGAUCUGGUGGUCCCGGAAGAGCUGCCGUACCCCUACUGGCCACACCGCUUUCACAGUGAGAGAUACACGAGAUGUGAGAGGCGGGAUGAGUGGGGACGCUUGCAAGUCGCUGAGGUGUACGAUGAUUGGAGGGACCGAGGCAGAGGUCAACCGCCGUUUGCACCCUGGACUGGAGCUACCCUCUUCGUGUUCGAGGACGGACAGGUCCCGUGGGUAGAGAUCCCGAUUGGAAGGGGGAAUGGUCCUGAUGCUGGAGGAGGAGGCCCUGAACCAGGAGACGGGCAAGAUGAUUGGUCCGAAGGCUGGAAUUCACAUGGCUCCACUGACUGGCAGAGCUUAGGCGACCGAGGAAGGUGGCAAGGGUGGCAUUCGUGGUCUUGGAGGGGCACGAGGGCCGGUGGGAGCAGUUGGGUCGACUUUGAGAAGGCCGGAGUCUCAGGGAAGGCGGCCACGGCGGCCUUGGGCUACAUCCAGGCGGUCGACCAGAUCCAGGGCAAUGGAGCUCGGGAGUGGCAAGCAGUUCGGGAACGAGGAGAUCUGCUUCUUGACCUCACCGGCUCGGUGGAAAAAGCUGCGAUGGCAUUGUGGGUAGCCAGGGAACACCUUGGACGGAACAACCUCCAAGGGGCAGACGAUGAGGAGUUGUCUGAGCUGCUGCACCCCGACCACCUAGCCUACCUCAGGGAGGUGCGAGCCCAAGGAAUGCCAGCACGAUUUCAAGGGAAGCGGGAAAGGGUCACGACGCGGCCACACCCGCGGGCCAGAGCAGACAUGGGCCAGGUCUAUGUGCAGUUGAUGAAGGACAUUGCCAAGCAUCGGGUCCUGGUUGCUUCUGCAAGCCAUGCAGCCUUGAAGCACACGGUCUCGUCGCCCUUUGAGCUCGUGCCUAAGAUGCUGCCGAAUCGAUCCCUGUCAACGGAGGCUCGUUUGGUGCAUGAUCAGCGUCAAGUCAACGGGGGAACCCACAAGGAUCUUCAUCCUCCGGCUUCGCAACCUACACACGAGCAGAUCGCGAGGCGCAUCUUAUGGCUGAAGGCGAGGUACCCGGGCGUCAAGGUCGUCCUGGCCAAGAAGGAUGUAGCCGGGGCUUUCCGCCUGCUGUGGGUUGACCCACGGGACGUGGAGCUGUUCGCAGGGGACGUCCCUUGGAAGCCAGAGCUGAUGGGCCCAGGAGGAGCGGAGGCAGGGCUUGAUGGUUUGGGAGACCUCACGGUCAUCUACUUGGUCUCCAGUUUCGGGUUCUCUGGCUUGCCUGGGGAAUGGACGGCGUGGGGACGGGCCACGGAGGAAGUCCAUCGUAGUCUCCGCCCGGUUGAAAGCCGUAGAGAUGGAGAGUUGCACUUCUGCGGAAAAAUCUUGGUGGACGACAUGGUGCUAGUCGAACCAGUGAUGGGCCUGCGGCCAUGGGUGUCCAGCGAGGUCUACGAAUGGGCGGUCACCAAGUUGUUGGGCGAGAAGGCCAUCAACAAGCUCAAGGAUGCUGAGGAGGGCUGCUACAGCAACCAGCAGACGGUGUGGGGUUUGAUCAUCGAUGCGGAUGCUGAGAGGAUGUCCUUGCCAGAAGCGCGCAUCCUCAAAGGGGCCUACCUCCUCGCUCAGUCGUGCUUCAACUAUGGGGAGAAGGACCUCCCGCUGAAGGAACUGCAGAGGUUUCGAGGGAUUGCCAAUGGGUGGAGCAUUGUGGUCUCUGGACUCAAGAAUGAGCUCCGCAGUGCUGAUGUGUUCCUUGGUGGGAUCGAUGGCGGGGCGGCGGUUAAGCCGAAACUGGUCCAGCAAGAGGAGCAUGCAAGGGUCGAAGAGGAGAAACAGAGCUGGGAAGCACUGUGGGAGCUGUUUGAGGACUGCCGAUGGUUGUGUGCCAGGUCUGAGACGUGGGCCACGAAGUUUGGCGGGGACCUCCGGGAACUGCUACCCCCGUUAGAGCGGCUGGCACUACCAGGACAGCGAGGUGGUGGCCCAGUCUUCGUGUCCUCAGAUGCUACUCCGACGGUCGUCGCGGCCAUUGAUUGGACCAACCGGCUCGCAUGCCGAGAGGAAGUUGAGCUCCUGAAGCCAUGGAUCAAGCAAGUCACCGAGGCUGAGGGGCACGAGGACGGCAAGCUGGCUAUUCAUCUUGGAGAGAUGUUGAGCUUCGUGGCCUUUGCUUGCAAGGUUGGGCACCUGUGGGAAGGCCGUGUGGUCGUGUAUGCCGGGGACAACAAGGUGGUCUACUUCUGGAUCACCGGACGAAAGAGCGGAGUUCGUGCAGGAAGGCUGUUGAUCAGGGUGUUGAACCUGGUUGAGAAGCGCCACCGAUGUCGCAUUCUGGGGGGUUGGUGGAGAACCUUUCACAAUGAGGAUGCGGACGCGCUGACCCGCUUGGAGGAGAAGGAGGCGGUCGAGCUCAUGGAGAAGAAAGGCUGGGAGAGGGUGGACAUCAAGGAGAGCAUCCAUCAUGCACUCGAGGACACAGAGCGCUUCGGGUUGUGUUUCCUCUCCUGGGCAGAUCAGGAAGACAGGCACGAGCUGAUGCGGCUGCGAGAGCUACGAGUCUUUAGAGCGGUUCUGCGGCAGCCCGCGGAGUUGAAUGAGGUCGAGGUGAUUGAGUGGACCCCGGGCCAGCGCUUCGUUAAGGACUUUGAGUACUUUUCUGGAGGGGGACAAGAACCCAGCAGGUAUCGGGUGAUAGCCGCGACCAUCGGCCCGGACCCCAAAGGGAAGAAAGUGAAGGAGUUCGUCGCCUACCUCGAUAGCGAGGUCUUUGAUGUGGCGGUGCUGGAGGGACCAACGGAGGUGAAAUGGGCGGGCCUGGAGCUUUGGGCAAGAAGUGUGGGUUGGAGCUGCACUCUCCAGGAGGAGUUUCUGACGUCCGAGCUCGGGGAGGCCAUGGUGAGGCGACGGAUCGCCGGCUUUGUCACCCCCUUGAGAAGUCCACGGAGGACGUGGAGUUUUUGA